AUGGGGUGCGUCGAGUCGACGGCCGCGCUGCAGCCGCCGCCGGGCGAGAGCCACCGGUCGUCGUUGGUGCUGCCACCGCGCCGAGCGUCGAUAGCCAAGAGCAUUGCGAGCAGCGUGGCGAUUGCGGCGCCGACCAGCGCGCCCGAGGCGGUCGUGCUCGCGCCGCCUGUCGAAGCCGAGCCCUUUGGCAUUGGCUUUGAGCAGCAGUACACGCUCGGCAAGGUCAUUGGCGCCGGGACGUUCUCGACGGUCAAAGAAGCCAUCCACAAACCCACGGGCCAAAAGUAUGCGAUCAAGUGCAUCAAGAAGGCAGGGCUGACGGUCGACGAGAUCCAGGCGCUGACGACCGAAGUCGUCAUCCUCAAGCAGAUGAAGCACCCGAACAUUAUGAUCCUCCACGACUUCUUCUCCGAGCCUGAAUACUAUUACCUCGUGACCGAGCUCAUGGACGGCGGCGAGCUCUUUGACCGGAUCGUCGAGAAGUCGUACUACACGGAGCGGGAGGCGCGGGACUUGGUCAAAUUGCUGCUCGAAGCCGUGCGGUACUGCCACGACAUCAACGUCGUCCAUCGCGACCUCAAGCCCGAGAACCUCCUGCUCACGUCGACGACGGACGAUGCGUCGAUCAAGCUCGCCGACUUUGGCUUUGCGAAAAAGGUCGGCAGCGACACCGAGGGCUUGACGACCGCGUGCGGCACCCCGGGGUACGUGGCGCCCGAGAUUCUCGAGGCCGGCCCGUACGGCAAGGCGGUCGACAUUUGGUCGAUCGGCGUCAUCACGUACAUCCUGCUCUGCGGCUACCCGCCCUUCCACGAUGACAACCAUAACGCGCUCUUCCGCAAGAUCAAGCGCGGUGCCUUCGUCUUUGACUCGCCGUACUGGGACGCCAUCUCGGACGACGCCAAAGACUUCAUCUCGAAAAUGCUCACGGUGCGCCCGGCCGACCGGGCGACCGCGGCCAUGCUGCUCGAGCACCCGUGGAUCGUCGGCAGCGAGACGUCAACGGUGCAACUGAGCAGCGCGCUCGACGAGCUGCGCCGGUUCAACGCCCGGCGAAAGCUCAAGGCCGCCAUGAACGCCGUCAAGGCGACCCAGCGCCUCGUGCGCGCAGUCGACGGCAGCGUUCCGCCCUGA